UCUUCGAAUCCAGACCCGCAGCUAACUGGACCAGGGAACAACAGGCAUUAUACAGCCCAUCUGACAAAAACUUUGACCUCAGAGGCCUACAAAGCCCACGAGGGGACAGACGCCCACCUUAUCUUCAUCCUAUCCCGUCGCCAAUCCCACCUCCUCCUCCUCCGCGAGAGAAAGAAGCAAGACCAAGACCAAGACGAAGAUGCUGCUGGGCUCCUCCUUCGCGUCGCCAUUCACCCAGCUCCACCUCUCGCCGAGCCCCAAUGCGGGGCCGGGGGCGCGGCCGGCGGCGGGGCUGGUGAGGAUCGAGGCGGCGAAGCAGCUGACGGGGCGGGUGGUGACGACCAAGGCCAACAAGACGGUGGGGGUGGAGGUGGUGCGGCUCAAGCAGCACCCCAAGUACCACCGCCGGGAGAAGAUCAAGAAGAAGUACCAGGCGCACGACCCCGACAACCAGUUCAAGGUCGGCGACGUCGUCGAGCUCGUCCGCUCCCGCCCCAUCUCCAAGACCAAGCACUUCCUCGCCGUCCCCGUCCCGCCCCGCGACACCCGCCGCAAGGCCCAGCUCCUUCCUCCGCUCGAGUCACAGUCCGGACAAGAAUCCGCCGCCGACGAGACCGCUACCUAGCCUAGUGAUGCAUCCUGCUUUUGCUUUCCCUCAUUCUCUGUUAAUUAAUUAAUCGUCCUUCCCUUUUCCUCUGCUAUUACUGCUCUUGUUGUUCUCCUCUCCCGUAGACUGAAUGAACUCCGGUAUUACUCAUCAGUACCACUUGGCACUGAAAUUUGUAUCUUUUUUCUUCUUCCUGCAGCAAAGGUUAAUCUUGUACUACUGUACUUGAUACUAGCAUCUUUGGGGUAUUUAUUAUCUGUUUUUGUAA